AUGAAGUAUCUCACUUUGAUACUCAUUCUCGCUGCCGUAACUUAUGCUUAUGCUACAUCACCUCGGCUGCAAAGUAAAUCUGACAUCACGAAUUCUCGGCUGCUAGUUAAACCUCCCACCACGAAUUCUCGGCUGCAAUUUAAACCUGCCACCACAAAUUCUCGGCUACAAGGUAGAUCUAAUACCGCAUAUCUUGAAGCAAGGAAGCUUAAUAGCAAAUAUGCUGGAUUAUCUCUAUUGGCAAACGCUAGUGCCUGCACCGAUCCAACAUACGUUCCGUGUCCAAAUAGCAAUGGAUGUUGCCCUACACUUGCGACAUGUGUACCUAACAGUCAAAGCUGCAACAUUCCAUGUACUGCCAAAGAUAUACCUUGUGGUGAUGGUUGCUGCUUCCCUGACCAAGUUUGCACACCUGACUUUUAUUGUAAUCCUGGUACUCCUCCUCCUCCUUCUGCGUGCGACAUUGGAUAUUUUCCGUGUCAAGAUCAGCAAGGUGGAUGUUGUCCUGAUGGCACACAAUGUAUUCCUAAUAAUCAGUGUAGUCCUCCUCCUUCUGCGUGCGACAUUGGAUAUUUUCCAUGCCAAGAUCAGCAAGGUGGAUGUUGUCCUGAUGGCACGCAAUGUAUUCCUAAUAAUCAGUGUAGUCCUCCUUCUGCGUGCGACAUUGGAUAUUUUCCAUGUCAAGAUCAGCAAGGUGGAUGUUGUCCUGAUGGCACGCAAUGUAUUCCUAAUAAUCAGUGUAGUCCUCCUUCUGCGUGCGACAUUGGAUAUUUUCCAUGUCAAGAUCAGCAAGGUGGAUGUUGUCCUGAUGGCACGCAAUGUAUUCCUAAUAAUCAGUGUACGAAGAAGAAUACUUUAGAUUGGUACAACCAAGAAUUACAGAUCCUAAUCAGAAAACGACAUUACAAGAGGCCCGAACAAUCGGUUACUACAGAAAUGCAGAAGGGAGAAAUUAGAGAAGAGAGUGAGGGGAAGGAAGAUGAAGUAGAAAAUUUCGGAGAGGCAGCAGCGACUAAUGGCACACAAAAUGGUAAAAUUCACACGGCAAAGAGAAGGAAGAUCAAUAACAAGGAUGAAAGAAAUGACGAGUCUGUAUCAUCCAAGAAACCCGAGACCAGGAAUACGUCAACAAACAAAAAUAAUGAACAGAACGAUCACAACAAGAUCAGAUUGGAUGAUAGAGAAGCAAAGGAGAUGAAAUGGUUAGAGAAAAAACUAAGAUUGAAUAAGAAUGGAAACUGGAACAAGAAUGGAAAACUUCCCAAGGCUUUUGUGGAUGACGGUCUCGAUGAGUUGCUCGAUGGAAUAAGCAUAGGAUCAAAGAGGAUAAUGCGGGAAGGACUAUCAAAGAAGGCAGGCACCAGGAAAGAAAAUUAUGACUACAACUCAAAGUCCAGUACCGAAGUUGAAAAGCAUUCUAGGUCGGCGGAUGUUGACAAAAAAUAUAUUCCUCCUCACCUCCGCGCAAAGGCAGCGGAAGAUGACGGUGAACGUAGGGAACAGCUGUCAAGAUUACAAAAGCAUAUAUUAGGUUUACUUAAUCGACUGAGCGAACAAAAUAUUGAGGUAAUUUUGUCGUCUAUAGAAGAAUUAUAUUGGAAGUUUCCACGCCAUGAUGUAACCGCCACUUUGUCAACGCUGAUUUUGAACACGAUAUCACAAAAGUCUGGCCUAAUCGAUCAGUUUGUGAUUACAUAUGCAGCGUUGGUAGCUGGAUUAUACAAGAUCAUUGGAAUUGAUUUUUGCGCACAUGUAGUCCAAGAACUAGUAUCAGACUUUACUAGAUAUUACGAUAAUUCAUCCUCUGCUAUGCCAGACGACAAUUCAACGUCCACAAAGGAACCGAUAAAUUUAGUAACGCUUACCGUAGAACUCUAUAAUUUUCAAGUGGUUUCAUGUGUCUUAAUGUAUGACUUGAUAAGGUCAUUUUGCAAAGAGAUGAAUGAACUGAAUGUUGAACUUUUAUUGAAAGUUUUGAGAAACUCUGGAUCACAACUUAGACAAGACGACCCAAGCGCACUGAAGGAGAUCAUCCAGUUGAUUCAGACUGUUAUGGCCAAAACUGAUCCUCAAAGGCUAACAUCUCGCGCAAGGUUCAUGCUGGAAACAAUUGUAAAUCUCAAGAAUAAUAGAAUAAAGCAAAAUCAUUCAGGCAACGUAGAAGUCGUGAUUAGAUUGAAAAAGUUUCUGGGGAAUAUGAAUAAGAGAUGGCAAGUACAAGCUACCGAGCCAUUGAGGGUGUCACUGGAAGAUAUACGCAACGUUGAAACUAAAGGCAAAUGGUGGCUAGUGGGCGCGUCUUGGAUAACAACCUCUGAUAAAAAUCCUCCUACAACGCCAUCCAUGGAUUCAACCAUCCAUUCCGCUAAUGAGUCAUUACUAGCGCUCGCAAGAAAACAAAAAAUGAACACCGACGUCAGGAGGUGCAUUUUUGUCGUGCUGUUGAGUAGCGAAGAUUACGUUGAUGCAUUCGAGAGAUUGAUGAAACUGAAUUUGAAGGACGUUCAGGAAAGAGAAAUACCCAGGGUUAUUUUACAUUGUUGCGGUAAUGAAAAGACCCACAAUCCUUACUAUUCUUUACUAUCACACCGGCUUUGCAUGCACUCCCAUAGCCACAAAAUAACUUUCCAAUAUUGUCUUUGGGACUUCCUGCGUGAGUGCGGAGAGACUGAUGUUGGAGGCAUGGAGUUGUUGAAGAAGAGCAAAGGCGGCGGAGAACAAGCAAAAGUGGAUGUGAGGAGAGUGGUCAAUGUUGCAAAGUUAUAUGCUUGGUUAAUCGUCAAAAAGGGAAUAUCAAUGAGGGUUUUGAAGACGGUAACCUUUACACGCCUUCAACCGCGAACAGUUCUGUUCUUCCAGCUCCUUUUCACAGACAUUUUUCUUCUAUCUCAAUCUUUGACAUACAAUCAUUCUUCUCGCGAUCCUACCUUGAUCGUCGAAGCGUUUACAGACAUCCUAAAUAAUCCCAUCCUAAUUCAGGGAAUUAAAUUCUUUUUGCAACAGUUUGUGAAAGAUGGAGAGAUCUUGGACAAAGAAGAUGAAAAAGAAAUAGUCAGAUUUGGAUGCGAAGUGACCAAGGAGUUGUUUUCGCAUGAGGUUGUGAUUGAGAAGAUGGAGUGA